AUGGUUGCCUCAGUGUCAGCAAUUGUGCAGUGUAUCUGCGGGAGUCAAUCUCUUCUUUGUUGUGCUAGUUCGAUCAUAGACCCGGUACCCAUCCCUGCUGGGCUUGUCAGCAUUGCCUGGCUAGGCGCGAUCAGGCGAAUCGCAGCUGCCAAGGCUUCGGUCCCUGUACAUUGUAGCUUUCCGUUGCCAGUUGCUUCUUUGCUGCUGACCCGGCCGUCACAGCCUGUCUUGGCGAAGAGUUGUUCUUGA